AUGAAACGUAAUGGUUUAUCAUUACAACGGCCGAAGAGACAAGAUAAAGUACCACUUGAUGAAGUUCAUCGUUUAGCUAAUUCUUUCUAUACGUUCAAUCGUCGUGCUAGUUUAUGGUCAAUUAAACGUGGUUCAAUGGGUGCAUUUACUGAUGGAGAUAUUUGUAACAUGGACAAAUCUCCAUUAGCACUUUUUGGUGAUCAAGCUAAAACGUCUGUUAAUGAUAUUGGAACAAGUAAUGAAAUAAAUGGGUGCAUUAGCAACAAGAGAUUUUGCACAGUUAUACUGACUGUUUUUCAUAAAAAUCAACGAAUGGAGCCAGCUGUACUUUUUAAAGGUAAAGGUAAUGUUGGUGUUGCUGAACGUCAACAAUAUUCAAAAGGUAUUCAUGUUAUAUUUACACCGAAAGCUGUAAUUAAUGGGCCAUCGAUGGAUUUAUAUUGUACAAAGUGGUUGGAAAGGCCCGAAAUAAUUCAAAAGUUACGGAAAAAGAAUGUUGCUGUAUCUAUUAUUCCGAACGGAUGCACGCAAUAUCUACAACUUCUUGAUACAUCAGUUUUUUCUGUCUUCAAAAGUCAUUAUCAAGCUGCUGCUGAUGAAUAUAUUGAUCUCUAUAGUUCAUGUAGUAAAAUUAAAUUAGCAGCUAAACAACAACGCAUUUUAUGUACUCGUUUAAUUUCAACAGCAUGGGUUCGUACUCAGAAUAGUAUCGUUUUUGAACGCGCUUUCGUUGAUAUUGGUUAUACAUGGAUUGAUGAAUCUCCUGUUUCUAUUCGAACUCUACAGGGAUUUCUUUUUGGUCCAUCAACAGUAACUUCUUCAAUAAUUGAUGUUGAUGAUCGUGAAGACCAAGAAGAAUAUCGUGAAAAGAAAAAGAUGGUCGAAGAAAAUAAAAAGCACUCACAUUUAUCAAGCAUGAAGAACAACAGUAAAUUUAAACAACUUAAUUUAGAUCAGUUUAUUAGAAAUUAA